AUGAAGCAUCCAGCAGCUCUGAUCCUCAAGUUGCCCUGCAAACUGGGGUCUGUGCUCCAACGUGCCUUUUAUGGAUCCAGUGGUAAAGUGACUCUGUUUGAGCAGAGGAACUUUGCCGGUCGGCGGCUGGAUCUCAGUUCGGACUGUCAGAGACUGAGUGACAAGAACUUUCCUGAAAGAUGCAACUCUGUGCAGGUGGAGAGUGGAGCCUGGGUGGGCUAUGAAUACGAGCACUUCCGUGGGCGCCAGUAUUUGUGGGACAUGUUUGACCACGGUGACUAUAACUGCACAGAUAAGUGGUGUGGCCAAGGUGACCGCAUAUCAUCUGUACGCGCCAUAAAGCAGGACACAAACCCGCCCCGUGUUCAGCUGUUUGAGAGACCUGGAUUCUCUGGGAGAAAAAAUGAAUUUCAGGAUGACAUCCCUAACCUGAUGACCAGAUAUAACCUAAACAGAGCCUUCUCAAUCCGGGUGCUGGGUGGAGCCUGGGUGGUGUACCAGGAGCCUAACUACAAAGGAGCUCACUACAUCCUGGAGAAGAAAGACUUCAACAACUUUUCAGAUUGGGGAGCUCAGAGCAGCACUGUAGGCUCUAUGCGCCGGAUCCGCUUUAGCUGAACUCCUCUAUCUAACCCUGUACUAUAACACUGUAAAUUCCUUCCAACCCUUCUUCCAGUGUUUUUACAUUUGUCAUGCCAGCCACAACCAUGUUUCAACA